CCAAAUAUGACUUGCAAAGCACCAUCACAUUUACUUGUUUAUAAAAUUUUCACUAUAUUAAUUUCCAUAUUUAUAUUAAACAAACAAACAAAAAAAAAGGGCUCAAAUUUGGAUACAGUAGGUGUCAUUUAUUGAUUUUGUUGUUGUUCGAAUAUAGAGACUGUAGCUAUAACUACUGUACAGUGGUACCUCCAAGGGCAUAGGCUUGCAUAGGGGCCGUAGGGACAUUACACAACCAACUUUUCAGGAUGCGCAAAUGGUCCCCACCAACUUUUAAGCAACCUUAUUUGCAUUAUACUGUAUAAUGAGUUUAGUUUCUGUAAUUUAGAUUGUCUUCCCAUAUGUGGUAAGGAUAGAAUUGACCCUACUAUUAUUAAGUGAAUUCCUUUCAUUGUUCAGACUUACAUUUCUCGCUUUCACUUGCUGAAUGUGCCGGUCCAUUUUUUUCCACUCAAACGCCCGUUUGAUUGUCUGAUGACUUGACCCCUCCAAACAACACACACACACCCACACACUUACACAGCCCCAACAGGUUCUUUUAGACAACAUGCCGCCCCCUUUGAAGAGGAGGGAUACUAGAAGGGUUUUUUUUGGCUCGCAGCAGCCACUGUAAGUAAUGUAAAAAGACUUCAGUGUUUUGGAGGUAGGGGAAACAACACUAAUUUUGCUAUUGAAAGUCUGACCUGCAUCAGAGUUAGUAUAACAUCAAACUGUGUGAACACGCUAAUCUGCAAAACAACUGCGGUCAGGUAAGCCUCCACAAAGAACAACAAAGUCAAGAUAGCCAUCCUUCAUUUUGAUCAUUGUUUGCAUUAUGUGCAUUACAGUAUGGCAACACGGUGGCUUCAGAGUGCAAGUCCCUUUAUUGAGAGAAAAAAAAGAAGAAGAAAAAAACGGCCUUGGGCACCUCUACAUUUGAAUUUAAUUCGUUCAAGGACCUGGUUUGUAAGUCGAAAUAGUUGUAUGUCGAGCUGGAUUUUCCUAUAAGAAUACAUUAUUAUUCAAUGAAUUCAUUCCAAAGCCCAAAAACCUACACUAAAUCCUUAAUAGAUACAACUGGAACAAUUGCAAAAACAAAUAAAUUACAAAUACAAAUCGAAAUAAAAAUAUAAUAAUUAUAAUAAUGUAACGAAUUGGGUUCUAAUGUGGCGUUUGUGCUUUGCAUGCUGUUCCUGAAUGCACCGUAUGACUGACUACAGAGUGAGAGAGGUGCGGAAGAGUUUUUACUUUCUCUUUUCAUGUUGUUGUUGGCGUCGGCUAUGGCGGACAGUAGCCGUGUUGUGCUGCCCAACUCUGAAAAAAAUGAUUAAAAACCUGACGAAGCUGGCGAUUUCUUUGCUGAUGUUACAAUAAUAAUAGUUGUCUUCUUAACUUAUAAACACUGCUGAACGGAGGUCGGACGAGGAUCGUCGCGAUCAUGGACAUAUUCCGGCCGUAUUAUCGAGCCAAUUCACUGACGUGCACACCACGCUCGUAUUUUCUAUCAUUUCCAUCUUAAUUUAAAUGCUAAGCAUCACCUUUUCACUUUUUCACCACCUGCACUAACCUUCUUGGGACCCACAUUGAUUUCUCUCACAAGCAAAUCCGCUGUGCGUCCUCUCUUGUGGAAAACAAUGAAAUUGCGACACUGCCAUAAAUCAUCGUAUUUCGAGCAUGUUGUCAUAUGUCGAGACAAAUUUUCCGUCAGAUGUCAAAAGGAUCAUAUGUCGAGGUACCACUAUUAUUUUUGUUCGAACAUUGUAUAUCAUGGUAAAAAUAAAGUAGUUCUCUUUUAAUUCCGAAAAAACAAAUCAAAUGACGCCUGUCCAAAUUUUGGGCCUGUUUUUUGGGGGGGGUCACCAACUACUAUCACGCUACUACAAACUAAUAAAAUAAUCAUUCAUUCAUCUUCUGAACCGCUUAUUCUCACGAGGGUUGCGGGGGUGUUGGAGCCCAUCCCAGCUAACAACAGGCAAUAGGCAGGAUAUACCCUGAACUGGUUGCCAGCCAGUCACAGUAAAAUAUUAAUAAUAAUUAAUAAUAAUAGUAUGAUAGCCCUUUAGUCCAAGCAGGUCAAACAUUUGUGCUAAAUUUCAAGCGGUCUGAGAAGAUUAAGGAAGACUGACAAUGAGAGGAUGAUCGACUCUCAUGAGAGCCAAGUGAAGGAGAAGUAGAGAGGGGCAAGGUAUAACUGACGUUACAAAAUGGCUGCGCUCGUAACCGCUGUAAUAAUUUGUCUUUAAACCUAUUUUCUCCAUUAUAAGACGUCUAAAAAAUUCACAUUUUGCGAAUUUCUUUCACAUAAAGGUUAGUUUUGAUGAGUUUUCUCUCCCUUAAAUAUAUACAACAUACAGGAAAAGCAAAAUAAUGGGCUUUAUUCUCAAUUCUCUGCGUGGAGUUGAGUUGUGCCUGAAGUUGCUAAUUUUGCAGCCGAUUGCAGACCGUCAGAUUUGCAAGAGGGGGUGCUAUGGAAGUGGUCACGGUCAACUUGAUUCAUGACCAAUCUAAACAUCUUGCUGCUUAAUUCAGCAAAACAAUUGACACAUUAUGUUCGUGUGGCAACAUCGAAGCUUUACAGUAAGAUAGCUUAGACAUGAUUCCUAUUGAAAAUGUGUAAUGUGUUAAAAAGUGCAAAAUACGACAAGAUAGACCUGGAUACUUGAUAAAGUGAAGUUAUACAUCAAGCAAGAAUUGAAAAGAAUUCCACCUAUAAAACAUUAAUUUGUAAAUCAUAAAUAGCCGAAAGUCCUGAAAUACAUAGAUUUGGCUGAAAUUCAACAUGCAAUGCCUGCUUGCCAUGCUUAAGGGCUUGGAACUUCAGACAACAUCCAUGGUAAAUCUUGAUGAGAAUAAUUUUCAAUAUUUCGAUUAUCAAUGUACUGUAUUUCCCUGCUCACACGUACGACUUCAAAUAGGUUGUUUGCAAUCAUCAAUUACAGUUUUUCUCAGUCGCUUUGGUGCACUGGUCGAAUCAUCCUUUCCAUUUCCAUAACAAUUUUUGUAUUUCUCAAAACUAUUUGUAAAAGUAGCAAAAACCAUGGAUUACCUGCAAAAUCCAGUUCUUGGCUCAAAAUCCUUCGUCUCAGAAUCUCAAAAUGAAUUCCUUUGUAUAAGAACAUGUCAGUGCUAUUACAAUUAUAGUCCUUGUGUCAUUGUUUUCGGACAAGACUCCUUGUAGGCCGUUUACAUGGUGACGCUUCGACACCAAGACACAACAAUUGUGUUGUGGAAUGGCCUCGCCUUUAAAUGGUGAUGGCGAAAACUGAAGGCAAAGAGGCAAACCUUUGAUUCCGGCCUCCAAAGCGGAACGAUUCGACUGUGGGGAUUGCUCUGCAACCAUUUGCAUGGAACGCGCUCGCUCCGAUGACGUCAGCAUUCGCACACGUCACUUUGGGCAUUCGCAGUUACUGCUAUUAAACAUUCAAAACAGCAAACAUGGCAGAUUGGUGGCUUUAAAGUAGGGGUUUUUAAUAAUAUUUUUAAUUUAAAUAUAUUUUAUUUUCGCUUGUUUACGCCUUUUAAAGUAAAAGAAAAAAACAUGAACGCCAUUGCUUCGAGGUUUUUUUUUUUUGUAAUUGACAAGCUAUAUAUCAUACAAUCAUUUAAAGUUGUAAAGAACAGCAACCAUACAAGAAAAAAAUAAAUAUACAGGAAAAAUCGUGAAUAAAUAAAAUAAACAUAUAAAAACGCCAUUGCUUUGAGUGGGUGGGUGUUUUGUCUUCCAGGCUGAGGAAGUUGUUGUGUAGGAAGUGCAUCGUUGGCUGUUGCCUUGUAAAACAGUACUGCCCUCUAGGGCCCAGCAUGAAUACUACAUCGUUUUCACGUGGAAUUGCGACAUUGUCCGAAUGGAGACGCAACCAAGACAGCACCAUGUAAAUGCAAAAAAUUUGUCGUAGGUAUGCUACCGGCCCCUUAGUGGAGGGGGGUAUAUAGAUUGCAAGAAACUGGUCAAGAUUUACUUAACAUUUUUACUGUUUAUAGCAUUUGUUGACAGACCAUGUCAUUGCAUAAUGAAACAGAAAGCACUAUGUAGCAGAAAGAAAAAAUAAUAAUAAUUAAAAAAAAUCUCUGAUGUGCUCUGGAAGUUCUUAGACUCUACGAACCUAUUAGGGCCUAUUCUUAGGCAGCCAUUAUUAGGGCCUUUGUGCUGUUUGUCAGUCCAGUGUACUCCACCCACUGGUAGGAUUUUUUCACAUCAGCCAUUCCUUUAUAUUGCCGUUGGUACAUUCCACGUAGGGGCUUGUCCCUUCAGGUUUUUUGCUCCUCCUCUUCUGCACUCUGAUGAAAUCUCUGCUGCCUGAGAAAUUCACUUGGCAGCUUACCUUUCGGGGCCAUUUUCUUGAAAAAUUCUAGGGUUUGUGAUAUUUCUUCCCGGACUAAAAGAAAGCCCGCCCAUCUCAUCAGACCAUUGGACAUGGUUCCAGUAAUCCAUGUGCGUUGUUGACAUGUUUUCAGCAAACUGUUUGCAAGCUUUCUUUUGUACCGUCUUUAGAAGAGGCUACCUCCUGGGGUGACAGCCAUGCACACCAAUUUGAUGUAGAGUGCGGCGUAUGGUCUGAGCACUAACAGGCUGACCCCCCACCUCUUCAAUCUCUGCAGCAAUGUUGACUGCACUCCUGUAACGAGUCACAUGACAUUUGGGAGGGAAAAUAACAAGCAGUACUCAAUUUGGACAUUUAAAGAUGUACGUAGUUUCUAUGGGGUGUACUCACGUUUGUUGCCAGGCGUUUGGAUAUUAAUGGCUAUAUUUUGAGUUAUUUUGAGGGUAAAAUAGAUUAACUCUAUUAUAUAAGAUGCACACAGACUACUUUUCAUUGUGUCACAGUGUCAUUUUGUCAAUGUUGUCCCAUGAAAAGAUAUACUUAAAUAUCUGCAGAAAUGCGAGGGAUGUACUCACAUUUGUGAUACACUGUAUUUAAUUGGUAAUUGAAAUUAAAAUGAAUGGAGCAAUUUAAUCGUAUUUGUGGAUGCUGUCAAUACAUUACCGAAUUAUAUAUCGAGAGGAGCCAGAUGAGGUGGCUUUGGCAUCUGAUUAGGAUAACUCUUGGGUGCCUUCCUGGUGUGGUGUUCCGGGCACGUCCCACUGGGAGAAGGCCGCAGGGCCGACCGAGGACACGCUGGGGAGACCAUGUCUCCCGACUGGCCUGGGAACACCUUGGUAUCCCCCAAGAACUGCUGGAUGAAGUGGCUGGGGAGAGGGAAUUCUGGACUUCCCUGCUCAAGCUGCUGCCUCCACAACCCGACCUCGGAUAAGCGGGAGAAAAUGUAUGGACCAACUUUUCCUCGCCUCACCACUUACAAAGAUCGUAUUUGAAAAUAAUUCAGAAUGGAUCAAAUUCAAACAAUCAAAUUAUUUUUGGGAGAGUUUGGUGGUACAGUGGUACUUCGACAUACGAUCACUUCGACACGAUCUUUUCGACAUUCGACGUAAAAUUUGACUCGCCAUUUGUUUCUACAUCCAACGACAUGCUCGAAAUACGACGACAUGACAGCGCCACAGACAGAUGCACGGCGGAUUUUGUUGUGCGAAAAAUCAACACAGGUUCAAAGAAGGUUAGUGCAGGUGGUGAAACAAGGAAAAAGGUGACGCUUACCAUUGAAAUGGAGAUGGAAAUGAUAGAAAAUAUGAGCGUGGGGUGCACAUCCGUGAACUGCCUCAACAAUACGGCCGUAAAAUGUCGAUGAUCUCCACGGUCCUCCUCCAACCUCCGUUCGCCAGUCUUUAUAAGUUAAGGUGACAAUGAUUAUUAUGGUAACAUCGCCAAAGAAAUCGCCAGCUCCGUCAGGUUUUUAUCAUUUAUUUCAGAACUUGUGCAACACAACACGUCUACUGUCCGCCGCAGUUGACGGUGUUUUCAACAGAACAUUGAAAGAGAAAGUAAAUCUCAACCACACCUCCACCUCUCACUGUCACAUCAUCGAUGCGGUGCAUUCAGGUACAGCACGCAAAACACGUCCACCACAUUAGAACCCGAUUUGUUACAUUUGAAGGAGAUAGUAUGUUUUCUCGUAGGCACCGUCUAACUGCUUGUAUUACUCGAACACACUCGAUAUAAAAUAAAUAGCACUUAUACCAUAGUUUAAGGAAAACAAGCAGAAUAAGACCCGCGCUGGUGCAGACCCAAUGAGCCAGGCGGGAGCCCGGCAAUCCGGCCAGAAGGGCAAACUCAGCGUGUUCACCUUAGUCUUAACCCUUUGUACUGACUCAAUUUUGAAAGGUUUAAAGAAGGCUCACCGAGAACAAGUUGACAAUUUUUCGGAUCAACAGUGAUCAAACAGAAAGGCGAAACAGGCACAGACUCAGGCGAGGAGGCAAACUCGUUCCAAGGUCAACUUAUCAGAAGUCAACAAAAGGUUUCUGAGAAAAAUUACAACGCUUAAUUAAACAGUCAGUCUUUUGAAGGCUCUCGCAGGGCAGGCCGUGGGCAGGAAGAAGGGUUUGUUUGGGAUUAUUGUGGAUAAUGGGAUUUUGCCACCUCAGCAUCGAAGAGCUCUUGGAGUCUUGUCAGUCGUGUUAUCAAUUGGAUAGAGUUGGUGCGUCAAUCUUGCUCAUGACGCACAAGUUGGGCUUCUGUGAUAAACAGGCGUCACUCGUAUCUUUUAUGCCCUAUAUUCUGCUUUUCUUAAACUAUGGUAUAAGUGCUAUUUAUUUUAUAUUGGGUGUGUUAGUGUAAUACAAACAGACGGUGCCUACGAGAAAAAGUACUAUCUCCUUCAUAUUAUUACAGGAAUUAUUAUUUUAUUAUUCCGGUUUUAAUUAAUAAUUGAUUUGCUUUGCUAUGUGUAAUUGCCAUUUGUAAUAGUACCAGCAGUAUUUAUUAAGGAUUUAGUGUAGGUUUUCGGGCUGUAGAACGAAUUAAUGGAAUUAUAAUGUAUUUUUAUGGGAAAAUCCUGCUCGACAUACGACCAUUUUGACUUACAAAGUCCUGGAACGAAUUAACUUCGUAUGUACAGGUACCACUGUAUAUUAUCGGUAUUAAUCUAAUAGAGGGGAAGAUCAAUUUACACUUGACUGUGUACACAAACAAACAAAUAUCACUAAUGUGAGAAUACAGCAGAUUCAAUGCCUAGCUCAAGGGAACCAUGAUUGUAACAAGAGAACACACUAGCAUUACAUCGAAAACUAUUUUUUUGUUUCUUUUUAUUUCUGCUCACAAUUCUACCUGUAACCUAACAUGAGUCCAACCUGAGGUGCUCCAACUGGUCCAUUGAUAUUUCAGGAGCGUUCGUCUGACUUGUAAAAGAGGUGACUGAAAAAGACGAUCAACUAGUUUGUCAACAAUUACCGUUCAUGACCUGAGUGUGAUUGCCUUAUCAAGCCUAUCAACUUGUUACCAAUACGUAAGCAAGGUGCGAGUAAAAAUGGACUUUGACCAACUUUGUUUUAUUUAAAAAAAAAAAAAAAAAGACAACAGGGUGUGACUGCUGUAAUGUUAUUUGUCCUAUAAGUCACACAACUAACAUACGAAGCGCUCCUUGCACUGGCUAAAUACCACAGGUAAGUGACUGUUUGGUUUCUGUAUAUUUUCAAAUGUUGUGCUAAGACUGUAUGCACAAUAAGAAUCUGCACUGUGCUUAUCUGUUUUGACGCUCAACUGACAAUGUAAAGUGCUUUAACUAUUAGAGCUUCAACAAGUUUGCUGUGCCUAUUCUUUUUUUUGUUUUUACUAAGGCACACAAUAUAAACCAAAUUCCUCCCUUUUUUGUGUUGUGUGACCUUUCCAACAGAUUGAAGUUGAAACGAAGCAAGUAGAGAUUGUUUUGACACUGUGCCAGCUUGCUUUUAACCUUGAGUCAUGCAGUGAAAAAAGAAAAGCAAGACUUGUUCAACAACAUGACACUCCCAACUUGAUGGCAUGUGAAGGAAAAUGCUUAGGAGACACUUCAUGCUUGUUCUUGAGCAAAAUGUUUCAUUUUCAUUGUCUCAUUUGUUGUUUUUUACUGGCUUUAUACAAACCGGCCUGUGGUUGGGCAAGAGAUAACGACUCCGAAAUCACAUGUUCACAGGGUCUCUCUGAGUGUAAGGUGUCGGCUGAGAUGCCGAUCGGCAUCUUGGAGAGUGAUUCUGCAGAUGUUCAGAUACUGACAGUCAAAGUGGAACUCUGCUGCAACGACAUCUUGCCAUGCACAUUGUGCCUACUAAUCGACGCUGAACUGAUUAUACAUGAGGUUGAAGACAUGGACAAAAGGCUCAAUUUAGCAGUUGGCACAAAGGAGGACGCAACAGCAGCGUUUGUGACAUUGUGUUACAAAACACCGCAAACUUUUCCAGCAUGCAAAAGAGUGGACUUCACAGUCAAUCCUAAAGAAUUUAAGCAGAAGGUGGCAAAGGUAUCCUUGGUGAUUACAAAUCCAGCUGGGGUUUCCUUCGACAGUAUUGUUAUCGUAUAUGUUUGUCCUUCAAAAGGAAAAGUGCAGCAACUAAUUAAAGAAGUUAUGGCUCCUUCGCUCGAUGAAGUUUGCUCCAAAAAGCUACCGAAACCCAUCAACGAGUGUUAUGUGCCCACAGUCGACACUGUAAUUAACAUAGAAAUGAACCAAGUGGAGCUGCAGUCUGCUGAAAGGAGUAAAGUGUGCGUCCAGUAUGAGGAAGAUGGAAGAUGUCAGAGCUGGGAGAGUGAAACCAUCCCAUUGCACUCUGUGACCCCUUGCUUGUGUCUUCAGGUUUGGGAUGAUGACAAGCAGAUACGCUCUCAGAGCUGCCCCUUCAAAAAUGCGGGGUUCCUUCAAAAGAAUAUAUGGCAGAACCUGACUGUCUCUGUGGGCCACGGUCAAAUGAAUGACAACGGCCAAAUGCUGCUCUGGAACCUCUCUGCCCCCUGUAGGCUGGAGGGUGAGGUGUGGCCCUGUCAGCAGACUUGGAAUCACAAUUGUAUUGAGAUUGAGGGCUUUCGACAAAAGCUGGAGAAUAGAACAUGGGAACAAGAAAGUCAUUUACGAUGGGUCAAAAUGGGUGUCUUUGAAGAUAUCGAUCUGCAACUGUCGCCAUGUGUGAUGCUCAAUUUAAGGACCGGAGACCGUCACGUAGGACCUAUCUGCUGUCAUUACUCAACCAAAUGGCACUGGACUUUGCUGAUUGGAGUUGUUUUGCUGGUUAUCGCCUUGACAGCACUGAUGCAUUGUCUUCUCCGUGGCUUUGUCAAAAAAUGGACACUUUCACUCACUUUCCAAGGAGAAUGCGCAGCAAAGUCCGUCCAGAAAGGUCACGUGGUGCUCCUCAGUCCUCCAGACAGUUGUGAGGGCGUUUCUGAAGUUUGUAGCCUGGGCUGCCUGCUUAGGAGCCAGGGCUUCAGUGUGUCUGUGGACCAGUGGUGCAGGAUGGAACAAUGCAACCUGGGGCCCCUGCCGUGGCUUCACUCUCAGCUGCUACACGUGAAGAACCUAGGAGGCCGCGCGGUGCUCAUUUUGACACGCAGGGCCAUGGGGCUGGUCCACGAGUGGAGCCGGCAGCACUGGGAGAACCUCCAGGCGGAAAGACUCGACAGGAGCAUGCCACAGUCCCCGUACUCAGAUGUGUUUGUGGCGUCGCUGCACCUCAUCCUUAGGGACAAGCAGCAGGGACGGACUGGAGAACGUUUUCUGCUGGUCACAUUUGACCACGACAUUGUGCAGCCUCCUUGUAGUUUACCGGAGCUAUUUCAAGGCCUUCAUUUGUUCCAACUUCCAUCUCAGAUGAACACUCUCUUAUGUGAGCUGGCUGGAGGAACAGGGAAGGGCAAGGGUGGACAAAGGACGAAAGCUGGUUGGAAAUGGGGAAUAUUGGAUGGAUGGAAAUUAAAGACUAAAGAAGCAACACGCAGCCAGAGAAAAACACUUGUACAGUGUAAAUAUUCUGGGAUUUAGAGCUCAUGCCUGACAUUUGUUGCAUUGUCUUCUUCUUACCAAAGGUGGGUAGGGUAGCCAAAAAUGUACUCAAGUAAGAGUAGCGUUACUUUAAUAUUACUCAAGAGCAGGGGUCGUGUUAACCAAAUAUUUUCCGUCGUUGACCGGUUUUUUAAAACGGUGACGGAAAAAACUGAAGUCCAUCCGUCAUUUUGACAGGUUGCAAUUCACACCCCAGACCACAGGGUGGCGAGUGAGCAAAUUAAUUAGCUAUUGUCUCUCGUGAUGCAUGACGUCGUUGGCCUUACUCGGAAAAAUGUCAAGGCAACAGAGUGUUUGCCUGGCACGGCCAGACUGUUCUCCCUGUAUUUUUCAAACACUGAGAGAAAAGUCUGGGACACAGCCUCUCGAGUAGGUACAAAAUCAAUCGACAAAUCAGAUUUGUUUAUUUGCGUGAUGUGUUCUUCACGGGCAACGUCAUUCUUGCGCGUCGAAAGUCGUCUCUACAACAACACGGAUGGCGGGAGAGCCGAGAAUAUGUUCCAAUCCGCGGUAAAUUCAGUUUUAAAUGAGCUAAAACACAUCGACACGAGACAUUGACAACAGUCUGUCUCGCGCUAGCCAUGUUGAAUAAACUCCGUUCUCCUCGUAUGUUUACUUCCGCGCGCAAGUCCCUCGUCCUACCCUCGUCGCUUUGCUAACGGCACGUCUGCCCGUCGCUGAUUGGUGCACUCCGCUGUCUGUUUGCCUCUUGUUAAGUUUGUUUGGACAGAAUAUUAAUUAAAAAUGAAUGAAAACUAAAUACUAUUGAAUAUGUCAUUAUUAUCAUUUAAAAAUGUAAGUGACGGGUAAAAAUAGAUUAUGACCGGAUUUUUAUGACACUGUCAGUCAAAAUGACAGACAACGAAAAAGUCUAGCACAACCUCUGCUCAAGAGAGUAAAAAAAGUCAUCCAAAACACAUACUCAAGUACAUGUAAAAAAGUAUUCGGUGAAAAGAAUAGUGGUAUAAAGAAUAGUCAAGUAAUGAGUAACAUUAUGAGUAACUGCUUACGAUAUCUGAUUUAAAAAACAGAAAACAAUGGCAUAUUUUUUUUCUCGGCACACAGUUAUCUAUAUGAACUGUUAUUAUUAUACUGCACUUUAACGUAUUAUACGUAUUACAUAACCACAUUGAGCAAAGAAAUAAAAUUGUAAUUCCAGGGAGAGAAAAAAAGUCUACAGAACUGAAGCCUCAUUUGUCCAAAAAGCAUGAGUGCCCUCUAGUGGAGAUAAGAGUUCCUUGUUUGAAUAGUUGAAUAGUUCCUUCAUAGUUCCUAUUGUCAAAUUAAAAGGAUCAUAUCUCCGGUUUUCCGUGGUUAAUCAGUGACAAAUAAAAUUUGGAGAGAGGUUAAAAUCCGCGCUUUUAAGUCAUGUUGAGGGCACCGCUCAAUGUCAAAUACUUCAUUUUUAUACGGUGUUUUGAAGACGCCACGUGAUUAAACAGGCCAGCGUGAUUGUAGAUUGACAAGCUUGAGUGUGAUUGGUAUAAAGGAGUCAUGUGAUUUUUGUUGCGACAUCUCAUUGGUGAAACUGGUCGAGCUACUGUUGGCAUCACUGGCAAAAAAGAGUAGUAAUCUAAUAUGUAGAAUUAAGAGGAAAAAGGUAACGACUAGACUAGUCUAGCCCAAAGUAGUGGAGUAAGAGAAGAGUUCUUCUUCACAAAUGUACUCAAGUUUAAGUAAAAACUUUAGCUUAGUAAAGCUUAGUAGAACUAUUCUUAGAAGUACAUUUUCUCAAAAAGUUACUCAAAUAAAUGUAACGGAGUAAAUGUAACGCGUUACUACCCACCUCUGCUUCUUACUACUUUUGUUGUAGCUAUAUUACUGGUGCUUAUUGUUAACUUUGUAUUCUCAUAGUUGGAUAAUAAAUAACCUUAAAGAAUUAAGAAAAAACAGCAGUGGUGGGUGAUGCCUUUCAUAACACAAUACAUUUGUAACUUGAUGUCACAAUUCAAAUCCAAGAACGGUGAACAACCCCCAUCCCCUGGCCACCAUCAGUGCCAGCCCUAGCAUAGACAAGCGAGGCAGUUUCCUAGGAUGCCAUCUCUUGGAGGGUUUGCCAAAUUGCUAUGGGCAAAAAAAAAUACUUGUGGAAAAAAACACUCAUACACCGUUUCCCGAAUGUCAAUUUUCUACAUAUAAAAAAAUAUGUAUGUAUGUAUAAGGACUGACAGAAUGCACGCACAGUGCGUGCAUGUGUUCUAUCAAUAUGUACACUUUGAAUAUAAGACGGGUAUUAAUUAUGUCUUUUAUUUGUGUCCUCUUUUUGGAAAUCAAAAUACGGUCACCCUAAGGUAUGUCCAUCAUUGUCUUAAAUAAAAGGUAAACAUGAAAAUAACUUCAGCUUCGUAAAUAGCUUGCACCCUGUAUGGAAACUUUAAUCACUCGUUUCAGGUGAACCAUAAACAGUGACGGACGUACACCUUUUAAGUUUUGAAAAUACAAUAUUUACAAAUUAAACGAUUAAAGAAAAAAAAAGUCAUUUUCUUCUAACUACACUUUCACCAGGGCCUGGAUACACUGUAAACAAAUAAAUAAGUUACUGUAUAUUCAUGGUUAAAUACCGGCAGUUACAUUUGACCCAGGUGUUUUAGCUCAGUGGUCUGAGUGAUUCCUGCUUGGGAGUUGUGUCAGGAUGGGCAACCAGCAUAAAACCUUGUGUGCCAAAUCUACCAUGCGAAGUGUCUGUUUCAAAGCAAACUAUGGAAGCAUAGCCCAACCUACAACAAACAUUCUUGUGUUUUCUCAGCAAAUUUGCCCUUGUCUGUGUUAUGUACUCAUAUUUAUAUGUUCACUUUGAUGCAUUAUGUAGUCUUUUGUUUUCAAUCAAAGCAAUCAUUCAUUAACAUAAUGGUUAGUUUUAGUGAUGCACAAUAAUACAUUUUUCAACCGAUACCGAUAACCGAUAAUUUCCUCCUCAUUCCUACCGAUAACCGAUAAUGUCAAGCCGAUAAUUCUAUUAAAAGAUUUAUGUAAAAUUUUAAACAAAAGAAAAUAUUACUGUGCAAAAAUAUAAUUUAUUGCUCUUUUUUUUCAACAUAAAAUAUGAACAAGUCGUCAAUUCCAAUAUCUAAAUAAUGACAUUGUCUGACAUUGUGUAAUGGUAAACCUUUGGCAACAAUUACUUACAGAGUAAAUACCUAAGUUGCACAAAAAUGCCUUUAAAAGUAAGCCAUUCCUAACAUAUAUAACAUUUAUACACUGCAAAACACACUUCCUUAAAACUAGUCAGUUUUAAGUGUAAAUCUAUUGGAAAUAAGUGAAAUUAUCUGCCAGCGCUUCAGGUGUAUUUCUCUCAGAUUUCUUGGAAGAAAAAUAGCUAGCUGAAAAUAAUCUUAACAGCCUUAUUUUAAGAAAUACAUUAUUAUACUUAAUCCUAAAAAAACUUGGAAGAAGAAAAGAUUUUGAAUAUUUGUGGCUACAGAAUAUUAUUGUCAUUUCAUUACAACAGGAAUGUGCAUAUUUAAAUUAAUAAGUGUUAAUAAGUGCCAAUAAGUUUAGAUUAUCUAUUGUGACUGUAAUUGAGCAGACAAAUAAGUUAAAUUAAUUUGACAAGUGAUUGCUAAUGUUAUAUGCUUUGUUGCACACUGUGAAAAUGAUUAACUCAAAAGAGCGAGAUGUCAUGUACCCAUUCUGCAGCGCUUGGUUUACAUUUGCGGCACUCACGAGUCGCGACAUUCACUUUACAGCAGCUAAACUGAUAAACGGCAGUACUAUUUGGAUGCAGUUGGAGCUCGCAUCUCCGUGCGUGUUGUUUUGUGCCUGAGUUUUGUUAAGCCGAAAAUAAAGGCAGCAUUACAGUCAUCUGACCGCUCGUCAUUUUACAUACUGAAUGCAUUAUUGACGGGCUGACUUCGUUUUCUCCAUGUUUAAAUUAUCAUCUAACCAUUGUGCCGUCAUGAUAAGCUUGCUUACUGGACAUCACUUUUCCAAAUGUAGUGGUGAAAAUGUGAUUGGCAUGUUUUUCAUGAAGAAUGGUGGUCGUAUAAACUGCAGUAUUUUUUUUAUCCAGGGCUUUGGCUCUCGGGUCAUUUCGGUAAAAAAAAAAUCGUGUCUCGUGUCGGCGGCGGCUACGUUCGUACCGGAUAAUCCGCCCGCACCGGCCGGUUUGCCGC